GCCGAGUCCAAUAUUCUGGAGUGUUUGAGCCUGUUGAAGCUCUCCUUGAGCCGAAUGACCCAUCACGAAUUCUGGGCGGCACUCACCACAGGAUUAACAAAUCUUAUGGGCGCGCAGUAUGCGUUCGUAUCAAAGCGUCUGCUCCCACACGAUCCCACCAGAACUGUGGAAAUGCCACCGCUUGGAACACUAGGGUCUUGCUACCAAGCUGUAGCAUUUCAUACCACUCCGUCUGCGGCGGCUUCCCUACCUGACGGAAAGGUCGAGGACGUUCAAUACGUAGCACACUCAUGUCCCUGUGCCUCCAUGCGGCAUGAUCGAGCAUUGGUCAUCCCUCAUUCGUUAUCCGGAAUUUAUCCCCACGAGGCAAACCCGAACCGGUCCAAUUUCAUGGCAGGCCCGGGCGAGGCAUAUAUGACGGUGCCACUUUGGACCGACGGUAAAUGCGUUGGGCAUUUCGGUGUAAUGUGGACAAAGAGUGGGUUGCUUCAAUCGCGUGUCAAAGACUUAAGCUGGCCUCUCCUUGAAGCGUGCUUGCGCAGUCUCGAAGACCUGGUGCAAACCCGUCUGACUGAGCACGGCUCGACACCGGAUGCUCCAAACUUCCCGACCCCGGCAUUGUUUGCCGGCAAACUGGAUUCACAGGAUGUUGCCGUCUCGGAAACGCAAAGCCUCAAGCCGUAUGCGAGGAGCUUAUCCCAUGAACUUCGUACCCCGAUGCAGGGAGUCGUUGGUAUGCUUGACGUGAUGUACGCAACGAUGCAAGAAGCCUCCGAAGGACUCGGGUCGACCGAAAAGGAAUCCCUUGUCAGACAGGUAUUUGACCGUCUCAAGUCCGACAUCGAAGUGGUAAUGGAUUCUUCCCGACGUGCUGUGGAGGCUGCGGACAACGUCGUACAUGCCUAUGAUCUCAACAUGGGUCUUCCGGAUACGCCACAGGGGGUAUAUCAUCCCGGUCAGAGUCAUCCAAAGGAUUAUCUGGAUGCCGGUUUCUCUAUGGCGGAAGCAUCGGAAACAAAACCCCAAACCUCCACCGGUGUCUCCGAUCUCUCACCAUCACGUGGCCAAAAACGUCGUUUCGAUAGUCUUGGUCACCCGACCCCUUCCACUCCAGUCCCUGCGAAGGUAGCAAUGACUGCUGUUUCUCGCAACUCCCGCGGACAGGGCAGCACACCAGAAGAUCAAAGUCCAGAUGAUGCUCCUUUGAGUGCUCCAUUGAGUGCUCCACACCGUCGUUCCCCAGACGACGGAUACGAACUGGCACUGCACUCCAAAGCUGGAAGUAGCUCCGGACCUGGUGUAUCUCGCGAAACAGCCAUCCGACCCUUAUUACAAUUCGUUGUGAACGAUACGUUACGAGUUGGCGGCCGUCCGCACUCGGCAGUUGCGACACCGAACGGUAAUGGUGAGAUUAUUGAAGUGAGAACUAUCGCACCGAGCGGCGAGGAGAGGAUCAAGUCUGUGGAAUGGAGUGUGGAUGAUGACGUUCCCGAAAUUGUGGCUGGGGACGAGAAAGAUCUGAGCAAAUUGAUCGGGAACGUGGUCCUCAAUGCGGUAAAAUUCACCAAUGCGGGCACAAUAUGGAUCCGCUACGGCACGCCUUUGUCUCGCCCGAGGAUUCUAGGCAGAUAUCUAGUCAUCGUCGUCACAGAUACCGGUCCAGGAAUCCCUCCUGCAUUCUUACCGCAACUAUUCAAGGCCUUUGCAAGAGAAGAUGAUGGUCUAACGAGGCAAUCUGAAGGACUAGGAUUGGGCUUAUUGGUCGCGAAAGGCAUCGCACGACGCCUUGGUGGUGAUAUUUUCUGUAUCAGAGCCGAUACGGAUGGUCCCUCCCGAGGUUCCGAGUUUGAAAUCCGGAUCCCAUUGACCAAUAGCGCGGAAUAUGUGUACUCUUCCGCCGUGGACAGCCGGCCCUCUAGUCGAUAUGGAAGUCCGGCUCCUAGUGCAAACGGUCGUGGAUCAAGCAGCGACAUCGAUCAACCCAGGAAGUCCGGGAGUCCCGGCAUCGCGAACGCCCAAUCACCAAGCUUUCCUACUACCUCAUCGUCCUUGGGUCAGGCUCCUCCGACCUCCAAUCCAUUCGUCGAUACCAGAACGAAACCUAACGCGGCUUUUGAACCAGCGGAGAGGAGCGGCAAGCCUACAUUCGACGGUGCAAAUCCCGCCUCGGAACGGCUACCGAGCCGACCACGCUUGCCUGACUUUGGAUCAUAUGUGAUGCCGAAUGCUCCACCCCAUGACCGAAAGUUGGCAGCGAAACAUCCACUCACAUUCUUGGUUGUCGAAGACAAUCCAAUCAAUCGCAGGUUGCUUGUAUCGAUGCUGAGGAAGCUGGGAUAUCCCGCGUCCUCGAUUUACGAAGCGUAUGAUGGAGCCGAGGCCGUCCGAGUCUGGUGCGCACACCGGCGACGAGGAGAGAGCGAGUCACAUCAAGGGAUCGAUGUUAUCUUGAUGGACCUUUGGAUGCCUUUUAUGGACGGGUACGAGGCGGCGGAGAGGAUUUUAGGGAAUGGACCGGAUAGAGACAUGUCUGCAAACCUUCAGCCAACCAUCCUGGCUGUCACAGCCGAUGUCACUGAUGGUGCUGUCGAUCGCGCCCUCAAGAGUGGUAUGAAAGGAUUUAUGAUGAAACCGUACAAGCUGGUAGACUUGGAGCGGUUGAUCAUUGGACAUUGCGCA